AUGGGAAAAAAAGGAGAGAAGCAGUUUAGGUGGUCAAAGCCAAUGGAAUAUUUGAUGUUGGAGAUCUUAGCGGAUGAAGUGAAGCAGAGAAAUAAAUCAACCAAUCAGUUUAAGGUUAUCUCAUUCAAUCGUGUUUCGAAUGCCAUUAAUGAACAAUUAGGAAUGGACUGUUCUCUAAAGCAUGUGGAGAAUCAUCUCAAAACGCUAAGAAGCACAUGGAAUAUAGUGCAAACUUUACUAAACAAAAGUGGUCUUGGAUGGGAUGACAACUUGAAGAUGAUUACUGCUAGUCCCAGAGUGUAUGCAAUGCAUAUUCAGGCGCAUCCUAGUCAUGAUAAGUUCAUCAACAAGAAGAUUGAUAUGUUUGAAGAAAUGUCUCUUGUUUGUGGGAAUGAUCGAGCUAGGGGUGAUUGUGCUAAGUCGUUUGAAGAUAUAGGCUUGGAUUGUAGUUUAGAGAAAGGUAUUGAAGAUGAGAUUGAAGGACCGUCUAAGGAGAAUGGAGUGCAAGAUGCGAGUGAAACUUCUCAAGUCAAGUCAAGUCGUAAAAGAAAUCGUCCUUCUAAUGUGCAAGGUGUGGUCGGUGAUAUUUCAACAAAACUUGGAGAAGUGGCAGCAGCAAUAAGUAAGAUAGCUGAUAGCCGAUUAGAUGUGACAGUUUUGUAUGAAGAAGUUAUGGCAAUUGAAGGUUAUGGGGAAGAGUUCUUAGGGGAUGCUUUUGACUAUUUGGUACAAAGUGAUACUUUAACUAAGGGAUUCAUGGCUAAAAAUCAAAAUCUUCGUAAGGUUUGGUUGGAAAGAUUCAAGUGACUACAUAAAUAGAAUAUAUAAGUGAAUAGGAAGAACAUAACUCUAUAUAGUACUACUAUUAUUAGAGGACUUGAUAUCUUUUUGCUUGAAUUUGAUUUGUGUGCUUGAGACAAAGUUGUUUUACAUGUUUACAAAUUGUUAGUUUGUUGAUUUAAUGGUGUUAUUGAA